AUGAGCAAUGCGACCAUUCUUGUGUCAGAGUUUGUACUGCACUGUGAAAUCAGACCAGAAAUUAGAAGCUUUACAGUUGUUGCCCUGGCCAUCGUUUAUCUGGCGACCGUUUUUGGAAACCUUUUGGUCCUACUGGUAAUAAUCCUGGACCGUCAUCUCCAAACUCCCAUGUUUUUCUUCAUUGGUGCCCUGGCUGUUAUAGACUUGCUACACAACACUAACCUUAUCCCUAAAAUGAUGGCUCUUCUUCUGUUUGACACGUCUCCAGUGCCGUAUGGUGCCUGCUUGGUUCAGAUGUUUCUUGUCUUUCAUCUUGAGAUUGUAGAGGCCUUUCUCUUCACUCUCAUGGCAUACGACCGCUAUGUCGCAGUCAUUUACCCAUUGAGAUACCCUCAGCUUGUGACAGGUAGAACUGUGUGGGCAGGCAUCUUAGUGUGCAAUAUUAUCUCAAGCAUGCCAAUGACAGUAUAUAUGAUAUUUGUCACUGAACUCUCCUUUUGUCGCACAAAUGUCCUACCUUACUGUUUCUGUGACUAUGCCACCAUGGUUCACGUUUCUUGCAAUGACAAUGCUAAAUACUUAAGCUUUCUCUCAACAAUUGCAGUUACAUAUGGUUCUGGAACCUUGAUACUGACCAUCAUUUCUUACGGAAAGAUUGCCCAAGCGGCACUUAAGAUUUCAUCGACUGAAGGCAAGAAAAAGGUCUUCGAUGUCCUCGUCACACACCUGCUCGUGGUGUUGCUGUUUUAUUUACCACUGAUGACUGCUUUCAUUCUACCUGGAUUAGGAGUAAAGCUGUCAACCGAAGCCUACAACACUCUGGUUAUAGUUGCUACUAUCCUCCCGCCAAUGAUCAAUCCCAUCAUCUACAGCUUUAGGAACAAGGAAAUGAAAAACGCAAUACAGAAAAUUUUCACAGGAAAGAGAACGACUCCAGAAAUCGACAACCAAAUGUAA